AUUUUAUCAUUGAUAUGGAUUUAAAUAUACAUAGAUUUUCAUGUUAAUCAAUAGUUAUUUGGACAAUGGCCGCGUUAGGUGCUCUUCUCGUUUUAUUCGCUGUGUCGUGGGUUGGCGCUUAUCCUAGUCCGCAACACGCUGACUUCCCCGAAAAUGCACGAGGAGGGAAUACGAGGAUAGUUUCUGGUUGGGAGGCAGUUAAUGGCCAAAUCCCAUACCAACUAUCUCUCCGUAUGGUGGAUGCCAGCGGCAGUGUGUUUGGAUGUGGCGCUACCCUUAUCCACAACGAAUGGGCCAUGACUGCUGCACAUUGCACUGCUCGCCGGGUGACCAUCGUCAUCCGCGUGGGUGGAGUUGAGCUUUCCCGACCAUCUCUGAUAUUGGAGUCUACGGAAUACUACAACCAUCCCUUGUACAUCGAAUCCUUAGCUGGUGUCGUUCAACCCAACGACAUCGGUCUGAUCAAACUCAACAAAUACGUUCAAUAUAACGACCUCAUUCAGCCCAUCAGAAUCCAACGUGACGCAGACAAAAAUAAGGACUACAGCGAAGUGAGGCUUCAAGCUAGCGGCUGGGGCAGAACUUGGACUAACGGAGCCUCCCCUCAAAUCUUGAACUGGGUCUAUUUACUUGGAGUUAGCAACAAUUUCUGCCGCUCUCUAUUCACUAACAUCGUCGUUGACUCUACGAUCUGUGCAAACGCAUACAAUGUGUCAUCUCAGUCCACUUGCCAGGGUGACAGCGGUGGCCCCUUGGUUGUCGUUGAUGAAGAUGGCCAACUUACUCAGGUCGGUGUAUCUUCCUUCGUGUCCAGCUCCGGCUGCCACACACCUUUACCCGCUGGUUUCAUCCGCCCUGGACAUUAUCAUAGCUGGUUCAGUGAAAUUACUGGCAUCGACUUUGAUUGGGAUUUCGUCCAGCCUACUGUACCUGAACCCAGUACUACAGAAGAAGUAACAACCAGUGUCACUGAAGAUUUAACAACUGAACCUGCUGAAGAUGUAACAACUGGCGCCCCUGAAGAUUUAACAACUGAACCUUCCGAAGAAGUAACAACUGGUGCUCCUGAAGAUUUAACAACUGAACCUUCCGAAGAAGUAACAACUGGUGCUCCUGAAGAUUUAACAACUGAAGGUGCUGAAGAAAUAACAACUGAGGCUUCUACUGCUGCCCCUGAAGAAGAAGAAGAACAGGAGGAGGACAAGGACGAGGACGAGGAUGACGAAGACGAAGAUGAGGACGAAGAAGAUGAGUCUGGCAGUGAAGAAGACAGUGAAGAUGAUGAAGACGAUGAAGAUGACGAUGAAGAAGACGAAGAAGACGACGAAGACGAUGAAGACGAUGAAGAAGACGAAGAAUAGUCUCGUAAAGAAGAUGACUUAGAAUUUUGUUAAUGUUUUAUUUUCAUAGAACAUUAAAUUUUAAAAAGAAAAGUCAUAUAAUUCAUUCAGGGGAAUCCUCAUAUUAUAAGCUUUUACUGCACAUUAUUAUGACUACUGAAAUUUUACAAAUAAUUAAACUUAUUAUUGAACCAAACAGUUCAUUUUGAAAGAA